GAAGUAUAGUCUAGCCGGCCCGCGAGACUAAAUCUAGUAUAAAAAUGGCUUUUCUAAUGAAAUUAUGCACUAGGCAGGUAUUCUCAAGAUUUACAGAGCCAGCUUGCCUGUCUCUCAGACUCAGUAUCUCCAGCUCUGUAUUGAUGCGCCCUGGAUCUUUUAAUGAUCUAGAAAUAGCCAAGAGCAGAGUUUCUACUCUGUCCAAUGACCCUGGUAAUGAAGCUAAACUGAGGCUAUAUGGACUUUUUAAGCAGGCCACGAUUGGCAAGUGCAGCUCAAAGAAGCCAGGUAUGAUGGACUUCGUUGGACGUGCCAAAUGGGAUGCAUGGAACAACCUGGGGGAUAUGACUCAGGCUGCAGCCAUUGAUCAGUACUGUCAGUAUGUUGAUUUGCUUACUAGCCUUGAUACAGGCAGUCAGUCGUCUUCUACUGACUUAGCUCAGUACAAAGAGAUAGUUGUCACUGACAACAAUGGAGUGAGAACCAUCAUGCUUAACAGGCCAGCUAAGUACAAUGCUAUAACAUACCAGAUGUAUUCGGAAGUGCAACAUGCGCUGGAGGAAGCAGCAAAGAUUGACAGUAUUGUUGUGGCAAUGCUCACAGGAGCUGGUAAUUACUACUGCAGUGGUAAUGAUCUGUCAAACUUCACAAACAUUCCACCUGAAGGACCCCAGAAAUUGGCAGCUCAAGCUAAGGAAGUACUUAGGGAGUUUGUGUCUUGCUUCAUUCAAUUCCCAAAAGUGUUAGUGGCUGCUGUAAACGGUCCUGCAGUAGGGAUAUCAGUGACUACAUUGGCAUUGUGUGACUUGGUCUAUGCAUCUGAGAAUGCAUCUUUUCAUACUCCUUUUAUGAAUCUUGGCCAAAGUCCUGAAGCAUGUUCUUCUGUCCUGUUUCCCAGGAUCAUGGGACCAGCUAAGGCAAACGAGGUUUUACUUGGAGGUAGGAAAUUAACUUCAGCUGAAGCUCUUGAGAGAGGAUUGUUGACAAGCGUGUUUCCAGCCAAGACCUUCAGUAAUAAUGUCAAAGACUUGGUUACCAGCAUUGCAGAAUUACCUCCAAAGUCUCUCAUGAAAUCGAAACAGCUGCUACGUAAUGUGGACAGAGAUUUGCUUGAGAAGGCCAACAAAGACGAGUGUGAUCUGCUUGAGGAAAGAUGGCUGUCGGAUGAGUGCAUGCAAGCUAUUAUGGCAUUUAUGCAGAGAAAGAAAUAACUUAUUAUAAUUAUUCUAGCAAACAAACUUCUAAUUUUAGUUCAACAGUUAUCGGUUCAUCUGACAAAA